AUGCGCCUUCUGCAGCCUUUCCUGACCCGUUUUAUGGAGGAAAUAGGUAAUAGUGAUAGUAACUUCGUGACGAAAGCUCAUGACCCAAAGUUUGUUGCGCGCAAUAUAGGUAUAUCGACGCGUUCUUCUCCUGGUACCUCUCACUCUCACUCUUCCUCUCCACCCGACACUCCACAAUGCCCAGUUGAAGCUCGUGUCAUGGGCGUCUCAUCGUCGCAACCCGAUCAUUCGAACCAGCAGCACGACGCGCCUUCGUCUGCUGCAACUUCCACAGGCCCCGGCACGGACGACUUCGCGGCUUCGCAGCAGCUUGUGAGCGAGAGUCGAGCGGAUCAGGGACUAGAUAGCAGUAUGGCAACGGCUAGUGGUGUGUCGCCGUCGGUACGGCAGUUGGCUGCGAGGCAGAAGCGCAAGAGCGAUACUAGAAGGCUGCAGUCGUUUGAGCUGGCGUCGCUACAAGCUUAUGUUGAGGAAAGCGUCGGGGCAUCGCACGACUACGAGGGCAACGAGGCGCCCGGUGACCAAGAACCUUUCGCGGAGACCGAAUCCAGUGAGGCUGCUGUCCAGGUACCAGACUCGCAACUCAUCGCCGACACGGCGCCCUUGUCUCCUCCCAUGACCUCUAGUGCGCUUAUACCAGCAAGUAUGCCUGAGUUGCCGACUCCAAAAUCUCGAACGCGAAAAAGGAAGGCUACGAGAGACGAGGAAGAAGUAGCACGCGACAGGUCGCCGGAGCUGGAAAUGGGCCAUCACCAGAAUGCAAAAGGUGAUGCUGCAAGCAAUUCUGGUCUCACAUCAACUUCGAGGUCGCAACAUAACCUGCUCCAGGACGAGGAUACACAAUUGGACGAAAUCGAGGAAAGAACACCGCUCGACCAGAUGGAAGAGCCGGACACAACGCAAUCAAAGCAUGCUCAAGAGACGGAUCCCGUAACCGUUCAGCCUCGGACGACUCGUAAGCUGAAGUCACGUCCAUCUCUGCUCACGCCUUACCUGGUGAAAGCCGCAGAAGCAGGUUCCAAAAAGCGGCAGAGGAAGCUGAAAAGAGCAAAGGACAGCCAUUUCGAGGACCCAAUCGAGUCAACUCCGGAGGAUGCUGCCCAGGACGGCGACCAAAACCUCAAUGGCCAUCUCGUUCAAGGCAGUCCUGAAGUACCGGGCGAGAAGUUUCCAACUGUCAGGAAGGCGACAAAACGUCAUAGCAAUAGACAGGCCGUUCAGGGCAAUGACAAACGUGCACCAUCUUUACAGACGCCCACAGAACCGCUGCGAAGCCCCUCCAACAUUCUGCGGAAACACUCAGACCCGUUGCAAAGACUUUCCAAAGAACCACUACCAAAAGUGGACUCAUCCAGCAGCUCAGCCAAGAAAAAGUUCAAGUCCCAGGUUUAUGAUUGGAAAGUGUCACCCGCCCAAACUAUCGACUCGAGACCCAACGUGGGUGUCUUUGAUGAACACGCUCUCGACAGCAUUGUAGACUCCAUGCAACCUGAAAAUAUUGCUACAGAGGACAGUGUUGUGGAGGGCGUUGCUAUGGACGAUGGUGCUGUAGAAGAUUCUGACUCCAGAGCCUCACCAAGAUCAAUUCCGAACCAAGGUGACAAGAAGACUGUCAAGCAACGACGGUCGAAGAAUACUAGGAAGCGCAACAGUCGCGAAUCAGAACAGCAUGUGCGAGAACCUGAACCACCAAAACUUCACAAGAAGAAGAACUUGAACACCAUAUCGGCAGCUGAAGAAGCUCUUCAAAAAGUCCGCGACUUGCCCAUCAACCCUGACAAACGCACUAGUGGUGACUUCUCUGCUGACGAAGAAGAGCUCAUACGCAGAGCCAUUCGCGACUAUCAACAGAUGAGGGGGUGGGAAGUCAGUGAGAUGGUCAAGGUGAUUCAGUGGACGAUGAAUGAUAGCAACGAUAGAUUGCAAGCCGGGGUUGCGCAAGACACAGACUCACGUAACUCCGAGUCCCGGGAGUUCUGGGAUGACAUGAACCGGACACUGGUCAGCGGGACAUUGACGCGUGGCUUCGAAGCAAUCAGAAAGCACAUUCGUUCUCAUUACCACGAGUUCAAGCGAGGAGGCUGGACCAAAGAGGAGGACGAUGAGCUACUUCGGAGCUUCGAGCAGGCGCCAAGGCAAUGGAAGGCGAUUGGCGCCCUUAUGGGUCGGUCCAAGACAGAUGUCCACGCUCGCUGGUCGGAAUACCUGCAGCAUCGUGAAAAGAGGCAGUAUGGUCGUUGGACGGACAAGGAAGAAGCCCUACUCAUCCGCGCCGUCAAUACUGUUGCGCAAAGGGAUGAGGACGCCCAAUACGAAGCGGGCCAUCAGCCACGGGAAGUAUAUACUGCCGAGAAUAUCAACUGGUCCCAGGUUGUUGCAGAGAUGGGUAACACUCGCGGCCGCCUGCAAGCUUCGGUCAAGUGGAAGAAGAUGAUGGCUCGUGAGAAUCCUCCAGAGAUCCGAGUGCAUAUCAAACCACGGGGGCCGGAUGCUAAGCCGAUACCUGCCACGACACCGCGACCAAGGAUCCGCACUCAAGCAGGCAGCGCAAAAAGACCUCGACGGCUCACAAGCAAGUCUGGUCGACGUCAAAAGCAGGUAGCACCUGCAACUCCUACGUCACACCAGCCAAAUACUAGGUCCGUCCACGACGCAGAUGGUGUAGGAACCAUGUUGUGGGGCGACAAGUUGGAUCUUGUCGAAACUAUUGCUGACGCUAGAUACCAACGAGAAGAGGACAUUGAUUGGGACGCGACGGCAGCCAAGAUGAGGCAGGCAUGGUCAAGACGUACUCUGCAAGCCGCGCUGCGGGACUUGCUAGCGAUUGUUAAAGACGAUGACGACGUGCAGGAGCAACAGUCGCUUCAGGACAGGUUGGAUGCAGUGAUCGAUUACCUAGACCAAGAACACGGCGGGGAACUGGCUAUGCACUACAACCCAUUCGAUGUCGAGAUGGAGUCUGCUGAUGGACAUGAGGAAGAAGAUAUACCCACAAUACGUUCCAAUACGAAGAGGAAGAGGAUGAGGAAGAUGGCUGGACGAAAAAGCCUACAAGAAUCUCAGCCGACUCGUCAGAGAAAGAAGCGGAAUACGGCAGUGGACGGACUGGCAAAGUCGAAGGUCUCUAAGACGCCAGUGGCGAAGUCAAAAGCUAUCAUUACUGAGAGCGAUGAGGCCGAUAGUGAGGCGGGAUUGUGA